AUGCCGAAGAUCCCCCUGGAGCAGAACAACGCGGUGCAGCAGCCACAGCCGCAGGAUGAGGUGAUGCUGGAGAGCGAGGCGGCCGGGGGCGAUGUGCCGAUGGAGCAGGGAACCAGCGGGCAGGAGGAUGGCCCUGUCGGGCAGCCCGCAGUGGUCAGCAUCGCUGAGAGCGGCCGCGCGCCGAGCUUCAGCCCUUUCUCGGUUGCGCCGCCGGUGGGCGAAUCCAGCAGUGACAGCAGUGACACUGAGAGCGAUCAGAGCCGAGACAAGCAGGCAAGGGAGGGGGAGACGCAGGGAGACAAGCGUCCCGGCAGCCCGGGUGCCGACGCGGGUGAGGGGCGGGCGGUGAAGAAGAUGCGCGGGCAGGACGGACUGCCCAGAGCUGCGCGGGCGGCCUCUCUGGGCACGGUGAUCGCCGCGGUGGAGGAACGCGCGACCAGACAGGGCAGCGGCGCGAUGGACGCGGCCAUCGGCAGCGCGCCAACCACCGUCGAGGACUGCCUGCAGAGCAGCAGCUUUGGCAACGUGCGCAAGUCCAAGAGGUCGGCCAAGCCGCCGAGGGAGGAGGGCGCCCCCCUGAGAGUGUGGGGGUCCGUUGGUGGGCCCCUCGCUCCCAGCAGCGCUGAGGGGCAGGAGGCCAUGGCUGGCAUUGGAUCCCUGUCGCUAGAGGGAGCCAAAAUGCAGGAACAGAACAGCCGCCGCGUCCGCGCGGCGCUUCCGCCGGUGUCGGCUGCGGCUGCGGCGCCUGCUGCGGGUCGCUCUGGGCUUGCGCUCAGCAGCUCGGAGUCUGCCGCUGCUAUUUCCCUGCUGGCGCUCGCGCCGCAGACCCCUCCCAGUGUGUCAUCUCCCUCCGCGGCCCCCGUACACCAUGACAGUGGGGAGCUGGAGGAAGCUGCCGGAGCCGCCGCGGCAGCGGCCGGCGCGCCGGAUCCAGCUGCCAUCGCCGCACCUGCCGAGCAGCGUGCGCCCAUGCAGAUCAGCGGCAACGUGGCGGCUGCGGAGGGAACAUCGCAGCGUGCUGGCAAGGAGACCAAUGGCGGCGCGGACCACGCGCAGACGUGGGCAGGCGGCUCGGGGGGUUCCCUCCCGGGGGGCUCGGCCGGCGGCAAUGGCGCGGCCGGAGGCAGCGCCAACGGCAUCGACCGGGCGGGCAGCGCCGGGCUGCCCAUUACGCCGCUGCGGCUAGACUCUGGGCUGCAGGACCCAAACGGGACCACCAACGACAUGGCGAUGGGCCUGUGGAGUGGCAAGCUGAAGCACCGCAUGGCCACGCAGGGCGGCUACUCCACCGUUGACCUCCUCAACCUUACAGCCCUCAUCCCCGACAGGUACCUUGAGCAGCUGCCGCCAACGCUGUUUGUCACGGAGCUAGUGGCGCGCGGCGCGGUGCAGAUGAGUAAGCAUUACAUCGUGCAGUGCCGCCUCGGCUUCCUCACUGACCGCCAGCUCACCAAGCUGCAGCUGCUGGCGAACAGCAAGCUGGUGGCGGUGUGUCAGCUGCAGCACUGCAAGCUCACCCUGGUGCCCUACAUUGAGGCGCGCUCGGGGCAGCUGCGCAUUAUGGGCUUCCUCAUAGCCGAUGACCUCGGCACAUGA